UAUGUAGUUCAUGCUCGAGGGGUGUGUUCUCACGUUCACCAAUCAAAAGCUUAGGUUAAGGUCAACCUGCUGUGGCACAGCUGCUGAUGUUCUCUCUUAAAACGAUAUUUUUCAGGAUCUCAUGAUGGUUACAAGAACACAGGGAGAUUUAUUAAUUGUCAAAAACUUUAUUGGUGGUGAAUUUGUGGAGUCAGAACGAUUUUUAGACAGUUACAAUCCUUCAACUGGCGAAGUAUGGGCCAAAGUUCCAGACAGCGGAGAAGCAGAGGUAGAUGGAGCUGUCCAGGCGGCCGAUAAGGCCUUUGCGAGCUGGGCACAUUCAUGUGUGUCCCAACGGUCUCAACUAUUGUUUAAGAUUGCUGACAUUCUGGAAUCACGGUUGGAAGAUUUUGCCAAGCUUGAAUCUUUGGAUCAAGGAAAACCUAUUUGGCUUGCCAGAACAAUGGAUAUUCCUCGUGCUGUGCACAAUUUUAGAUUUUAUGCAUCAUAUAUCCUUCACGAUUUGAACAAGUCAAGCCUACAAGACCAGGUGGGGGCAAUCCAAUACACCUUGAAAGAACCAGUAGGUGUAGCUGGGCUUAUUUCUCCUUGGAAUCUCCCACUGUACCUCCUUACUUUCAAAAUUGCUCCUGCAUUAGCAACAGGAAAUACUGUUGUAGCCAAGCCAAGUGAGCUUACCUCAGUGACAGCUUUUCACUUAUGUGAAAUAAUUAAAGAAGCAGGUGUACCUCCAGGUGUAGUAAACAUGGUGUUUGGCCUUGGCAGCCGAGCUGGUGAAGCUUUAGUUGCUCAUCCAAAGGUUCACCUGAUUUCAUUCACUGGCGGUACAGUUACAGCUCAGAGAAUACGACAGGUGGCUUCAAGACAAUGCAAGAAACUUUCUCUUGAGCUUGGUGGAAAAAAUCCCUCUAUUGUCUUUAGUGAUGCUGAUUUGGACAAGUGCAUUGCUACUUCCAUCAGGUCUUCCUUCCUUACAGGAGAAAUUUGCUUGUGUACUAGUCGAAUAUUUGUCCAGCGAGAGAUUUAUCUAUUCUUAGAGCGUUUUCUGACAGAAAUGAGGAAGCUGAAAGUUGGGGAUCCACGUGAUGCUGACACCUUUCUAGGAGCUUUGAUCAGUAAAGAUCACCUUGCCAAAGUCACAGGAAUGAUCAAAGCUGCACAAGAAAACGGGGCCAUUGUCUACAGUCAGCCAGGAGAGUUAACCCAGCAGUUGCCACCUCAGUGCAAAAAUGGCUACUUCAUGUCUCCAGUGGUUAUAACCAACGUUGCAGAUGAUGCUGCUGUUAUGCAGGAAGAGAUAUUUGGCCCUGUGACUUGCAUUGUACCAUUUGAUGAAGAGAAAGAGGUUAUUGACAGGGCCAAUAAUGUGAAAUAUGGUCUCUGUGGGGUGGUAUGGUCAAAAGAUUUGUCAAGGGCUCACCGUGUUGCUGGCAAAAUAAAGGUUGGAACAGUGUGGGUGAACUGCUGGCUGGUGAGAGAUCUUAAUUUGCCAUUUGGUGGAAUGAAGGAGUCCGGCAUUGGGCGUGAAGGUGCAGUUGAAUCAGUGGAGUUCUUCACAGAACUGAAGACUAUUUGUAUCCAAAUUUGAAGAAAAUAUGAUUUGCAAAUAUUAGCUUAAAAAAUAAGUUUUAUACAUUCUAUUAAAUAUUUUAUAAAAAAAUAAAACCAUGGAUCGAAAACUACUAUGCAAAAUCUUUUUAAUAACGUUUUGAAAUGUAGAAUAUAUUUCCUUUUGCAUGACCAUAUAUAUCUACUUAAAAAAUUAUGGACAUUUUUGUUUGUGUGAUAAAACGAGAUAAGAAAGGCCCAUACUAACUGCUGGCAGGCUGCUGUAGAAAGCUGGCAUCCACUUAAUCAGUUGACAUUCCUGUUGAUUUUCUUUUUGUGGAGAAGCUACAGAAGCUUUCAUUUGCUCCAGGAUGCCACUUGAAGUUUUAACCAUUUCUAAAUGAUUUAUUUUUCCUUUUAACCAAUUGUGAAAAUAAAAGCAAUCUUCCAGUUUAGUAGAAAAGAUAGUCAUUUAAUGGUAGAUAACCCUUUAACACAGUUGGCCAAAAUUCUACUUUUUUAGAAUCUAGUCCAAGUGACUCCCUUCAUGCAAAACAUGUUCAGAAAUAAUAAAUGCAUGACUUACUGCAUUUUAAAGGAAAUUUUCAUCGAUAUAUUUCUAUUUAUAAACUUUUUUAAAAAUGAGUUUUCAGAUGAUUUUAACAUGUAUAUUUCAAACUAGUUUUGUAUAUUUGUAUCUGUUAAAAGAUGUAAUUGCUCAAUGAAUUGAAGCAGGAAUUCCUUUGACAAAUGUUUGAAUUCUGCAGACUGAUGGUUUUUCCCAUAGAUAUGUUAAAAUCUGUAUCUUGCUCUGCAUAUUAUGAAGAUUUGAUGAAAUGAAAUGAGGCUUUUGCAUUCCUUAAAAGUUUUGCAAUUGCACAAUAAAACUGUUAAUUUUU